AAGUAUGGAUCAAAUAUGCCGCAUCUGCUUAAGCGGAUCCGCCAGUCUUAUAGAUAUAUUCGGCGACCGAGAGCAGUCGGAAGAUGAGCCCAGCUUGGCAGACAUCCUGAACGAAUGCGCGGACUGCAGAGUGAAAAGCGACGAUACAUUUCCCAAGAUGAUAUGCCUGCCAUGCACGGCGGAUGCCCAAACGGCGUUUAAAUUCAAGCGCAGAUGUGAGCAUAGCUACAAAUUGCUUGCUCUGAAGGUUGAGAAAAGCGCAGUUGAAGUCGAUGUCGAUGCCUUUUGUGAUAUGCUGGCAGCCGAGGAAUGGGACCUGCCGAAGCGAGUUUCGGAUAUCGAUUGCAUCAAAGUGGAGCACGAGGCGAGUCCGGAGCGAGAGAACUGUAAGCCAACCAAUGAGCAUUUGGAACAGAUGGAAACAGCGAAUGCAGAAAACUCACUCGAGAGCUACUUGGAGCCUGAAGAGCACAGUAAGGGGAACAUCGAGCGUCAGGAGUCAGAGAGCAUUGAAGAAAGUGAAUCUCUUUUAAAUGGGGACUUGGCAGAAACGCAAUCGAGCUCAAGUCGCUAUCCCAUUCGUCAAUCUAAGCGUAAGAGCUACAUCGAACGCAGCCAGAUAUCCCAGUCUGACAGCAGCUACCACAGCGACUGGAGCGAGGAACCGGAAACGGACACCAAUUCUGUUAAAGAAGAAUCUCAGUUUCAAGGCAAGAAACAACAGGCAGCACGCAAACAUAUGCAGAUCGAAGAGCGCCAAUACAAGUGUCUGGAAUGCCCCAAGGAAUUUAGCCGGCACAAAACUCUACAGGCGCACAGGCGCACCCACACCGGCGAGCGUCCAUACAAGUGUCCGCACUGUCCGAAGGCCUUUGCUCAAAGCCAUCAUGCCAGGGACCAUAUACAAUUGCAUUACGGCCAGCGUCCACACAAGUGCCCACAUUGCCCGAAGGCCUUUACCCAAAAAUCAAAUUUACGGGCUCACGUACACAUUCAUUCCGCCGAGGGUCCGCACAAAUGUGUCCGCUGCUCAAAGUCUUUUGUCCGGAACUACGAUCUGACGGUGCAUCUGCGUGUGCACACCGGCGACCAUCCAUAUAAAUGCAGCCACUGCUCGAAGGCAUUUAACCGUCGGCGAGAUCUUGACAGGCAUGUGCGCGUCCAUACAGGCGAACAACCAUACAAGUGCCACGAAUGCACGGCGCGCUUCUCCAGAAGCGAUCAACUUAAAACUCACUUGGCCAACCACGCCAAAGGCUGUGAUUUGCAGCCCAAAAGGCGUGGAAGGCCAUCAAAGAAGAUUGUCAAAGACGAGAAAUAGAACUUGUAAUUGUUAC